AUGCCUUCCACUGAGAAGAUAAUGUACUUUCUGCCCAGCGCAGUCUUGAGUGCUGGUGGUUUGAUUAUUCUAGGCUAUGGGAUGUCGACAGACUGGGCCCACUCCACCAUGUCCUGCACUCCUUUGGACAGCUUCGACUUCAACGGCUCUUAUACCAUCCAGAUGGGCCUGUUUAAUGGCAGUGAGAACAAGUUAUCGUGUCCCAGGUUUAAUUCUGUAGUUGUUGUCACAGUUUUUGAAAAGUUGAAGAAGAUAGGUGGCGCUGCAAUCGCUCUACAAGGCCUGGUACUUGGUCUCUUGGUGUUAGCUCUGGUGGGCUCUGCGGGCAGCAUCCUGAUCACUCUCUACAACUCUAUCAGUAACCCAUAUGAAACCUACAUGGGCCCCAUUGGAUUGUUUGUCUGCGGUGGAUUAAGCGCCUCAUCGGCAUUCCUGGCUCUGGUGUUGUACAUAUUCAACGUGUUUGUGGUUAAGAUCGGAGAGGAGAUGGCUAAACUGGAUUCAGACACAAUCCUGAAGGAUGAAAAGGCACACCUCCUGCUCGGCUUUUACCUUUUGCUGCCCUACAUCGGCGUCAACGUGCUGGCCAUCCUGCUGGUCUUUUUGUACCAGCAUGAGGCCUACACACAGCGCAAAGAGCAGGAAAGGCCCACAGAGGACGCUCCAAAAGAUAUUAUGAUGUUCUAACAGCUCAGGCUCAAAUCCAAAAAGACUGAGGUAGAUGUGAUGGGUGAGAUACACAUAUGCUAGGGAGCUCUAGCGUGUGUUGAUAAUUAGUGGAGACAUCUGGAGUACACCUGCGCCUAGCACACACUUAUUACAUGGCCUUUAUGCUUUACAGCACUUCAUGUGUAGGAUGGAAACUGGCACAGAAUGCUUUUUAUUCUAGAUUCUUCUUGUAGUGAAGAUACAGUCAGAGUAUUUUAAAGUACAUCAUGUAUGACCUGACUGGUCUUACUUUUUACAUGUAAUUAGAUGUUGUUCUUGGCCCUGAUCAUUUGCUGUAACAAAUGUCGUUCAAUGUGCUAAGAAGUGGUAUCAAGUAAACAAUGUCAACAUGUCAUAAGCCUUGAGCAAAAAUAUUCUUAAGAUGUACUACUAGUAGUUUUGUUUUGUUUGUUAUUUUGCUGCAAAUAUAACAAUAUUAUACCUUAGAGCACAUAAUGUAAAAAUGUAUCAUGCCAAACAGUUUUACAAGGUGAUCACUUUAUAUUUGGGUAUCUGUGUAGAACUUUUUCUGUACUUGUUGUUUUGCUGCACUGCCUUCAUCAGAACUGUAUAUAUUCAUCCCUCCUCAUACUUAUUAAUACAGCUUUCUCAUGUAAAUACAAGCAUGCUUUUUGCCACUGUUGUUUUUGCAAAUUGAAUGCACUUGGGUGCUGUAAACUGAUCUGUAGUAGAAGAGAUAAUACGUUCAUGUA